GCGCGCGCGCGUGUUCGUGGUGCGCAUAGAGAGGGACGUGUCCGCAGCAUCAGAGCUGUAUCGCUUUAACGGGACGGCCGAGGUGUGACGUUGGGACGGGGACUCUGAUCUCAGAAAGCGGGCUGCUGCAGCUGGACCGGAGGGAACCAGAACCACUGCAGGCUACAGACCAGUCCUCUCUGUUAAUCUGAGGGAAGGCUCGUCUGUUUCUCGCCACCAUGAGGGAUUACACGGCCACUCCAAGCAGCGGAGGAGGCUGCAUGCCUUGUUGCCAAGUUUGCGUCUUCUUCUUUACCGCAUUCCUGCUCGUUGCAGAGAGGACGGCUGUGAUCUACUGCUUUGUGUAUUACAUUUGGAUUGGCCACAACUACUGCUAUGCUUACCUCGCUGGCUUCACUGCACUCUUCCUGCUCCCAGGUUGGGGUCCACAGUGGCUCAGUUAUCUGUGGUAUCGCUCAGAUGGAAAAAUCUCCAGGAAAUCUCUAAGAUGGACGCACAUCUUACACCUGGGAAUCUUCAAAAGGCUGUGGGAGUGCAUGCGUCUACCAGAAGAGGAUUUGUAUGGAGAAAUCAUGCAGCAGGCGGAUGUAUCUGCAUUACGGCUGUUCGAGGCCCUGGUGGUCACCCUCCCUGAGACGCUGCUCCAGACCUAUGUGCUCAUCUGCACUGAUAUAGGGGUCAGGUCUCCUGCCUCGGUGUGCUUUGCUGUGUGCUUGCUGUCUCUGGCCUGGGCGCUGGUUCUCUACGCCAGAGCAUGCUCACUCAUCAGGCCGGGACACUUGCAGAUGACUCCAGCUGCAAUGCUUUGUCGACUCCUGUGGCGGGUUGGCAUGUUGGGGUCUAGGUUCGCGGUGCUUAUGCUCUUCACACGUAUCUUCAAGCAGUGGGUCCUGGGAGUCAUUGGUGUGCACUGGCUGGGUGCUACUUUCUGGAUGGUGUCUCAGCAAACCGACAUCAUUCGUUCAACUGGUCGAUGGAGACUUUUCAACCUCGUUCUGGGAGCUGUUUAUGUCUUUCUCUUCCUGAACGUGAAAUAUGGUCCAUCCAGAUACCGCAUGGCUGCAUUUUACCUGGUGAUGUUUUUAGAGGACGCUCUUCUCCUUCUGGCCUCCUCCUGGCUGUUUGCUAUGGUGUCCUGGGACACUGUGGCGAUCCCAGCUGCCGUAUUCUGCAGCUUCCUCAUCGGGCUUAUAGCACUGGUGCUGUACUACCGUUUCCUUCACCCCAAGUCUUUUGAGAUCUUCCAGAGUAUUCGCCACAGGGGGAUUGGCGGAGCCUGCAUGGAGCGUGGAUCUGCGCUCUCACUUGAGGAGAAAGUCGAGCCCAAUUUCCAUCAUCAUACAACAUUGUCUGGAGGUGGGACCCUCAUGGACCUCCCCAUCCAAUGGGAAGGCUGGAAGCAUCACCACUGGCUGCUGAUUCGAUUGGCCCUUAAGACGGGGGACAUUCCUAGGAUCUGGUCAGCGUAUGGGGAAGGGGGGCUGGCCGGACUCAUGGGUCUCUCAGAGGAGAUUCGUUCUCCUGUUUUACAUCACGUACCCCAGGUUCCACCUCCUCGGCAGCGAGUUCCUCAGAUCUCUCACCCAACUCCUCAGCCCGCCCCUCCAGCACCUCCACCACAGGUCACCCAGACUCCACAGGUGAGACAAGUCGUCGAGCCACCUAAACCGGCUCAUAGCAGCAUUGUUGCCCGACCAGUAAGAAAAGCUCCUCCUGCAACUGUCCAGGACAUGAGAAUGCUUCCACAGAUCAUCCCAUUUCAGGAGGUGAUUCCUGAGGAAUCAGCAGAGGAGGAUUUAAGUGCCGCUCCAUCAGAAGAUAGAGGUGAAGGUGAUGAUGACUUCCAGAGCGCUGCUUACGGCUCACCGUCGCUUUCAUCUCCUCAACACGCUGGAAGCCUCCGUCACAUUGACAGCAACGCUGCGUCUCUGACGGAAGCGUCAUCUUCUGUGGGAUCUCUGGACAUUAAGACACCUGGCUGGUCACCUGAGCGCCGCUCUCCCUUGUUGUUGGCUUCUCCUGAGAAGAAAGCAGGGACCCCCGGUGAAUCCAACACUACUCUAUAUUUCAGUGCAGAUGCGCCUUCGCCGUCCAGUGGGAGCUACUUGGGCUGGGGCUCAGAGCUCUCGCCCAUCUCCUCCUACAGAAGACCCUACCGGAUCAGAGAAGCCCGCUUUGUCACAUCCACCCCACGUCUGGAGGCUCAAGGUGAAGCUGACAGCUCUGGUCCUGCUCCAGUGGUUAUAAUUCCUGCCACUCCUGGCACAACACCCGGUACUACACCAGGUGGCAGCCCCGGGGCCAACACUCCUGCAGCGUCCACUCCUCUCGCUUCUACACCUGCAGCAUCCACUCCUGGUGCUGCUACACCUGGUACUCCACUCACUCCAGUCAUCUCCCACGCUCGUAAACAGUUAGUGCAGUAUGUGGACUACAGAGAGAAUUUAGUCUAAAGUAAAGUAAAGGGAAAUCUAAACUUUCCAACUUAGCCGUUGAGUAUAUAAAAGCAGUUGUGUAUUUACUAACUUGUUGGAGAUCUUUUUAGGUCAUCGUGGAGCACAUCUUUAAAUCAUUUAUCCUGUUUAGUAUUUUGUUCAGACAAAUAACAUAAAUGAAAGUAGGAUUGUGAAGCGACAGAUAUUCAAACAUCUGGAUGUUUGAAUAUCUGUCAAAUCUGUGUAGAUUUGUUAGAGUCAACUGAUUUGGGAUAAUGUCAUCACACUUACAUUUUGCUGCUGGUCGGAAUAUACGAAGAUGAGGGUUGAAACGUGAGGAGGCCUAAUAAAGAUGCAUCUCAUUAAAUUACAAUAUCAUCAAAAAGAUCAUUUAACUCACUAAUUCCAAUCAAAAAGGGAAAUUUAUAUAUUAUAUUGAUUCAUCCACAAAAAGACUAAAAUACAUUAUGUUAAAAGAUAUGGAUUAGAGUUGUUAAGCCGAACUUUUUUUUCUUGUAAAAUUUGAAAAAGUAAUAAAAAUCUGAAAAGAGUUUUGAUGAAGAAAAAUGAGCCCGUUCAAACCAAUGUUGUUUUACAGUAUAGGGAUCUGGCUGAGCUUCUUCUAAAAUACUUUUUCCUUCCACGUAACUUUCUUUUAGAUGCAUAUUUAGAUGCAGAACUCCAGCCAACUGCUUAGGAAAUAACCUUUUGUAGCUUACCAUUUUGGUAAACGAUGUCAGUGACUGGAAAACCUCUUCUACACAUUGUUUAGGCCCUAACAUAACAUUUAUGUUUUUGGAAAAACUUUUUUUAUAUUAUGUAAUAUGUAAUAUUUUAGGAACUUAAUUUGCUUUUGUUUAUAUUUAGCUUUUUUAUGACCUAUAAGCUACAUAGGUAAAGCUUCCAUCCAUCCAUCCAUCCAUCCAUCCAUCCAUCCAUCCAUCCAUCCAUCCAUCCAUCCAUCCAUCCAUCCAUCCAUCCAUCCAUCCAUCCAUCCAUGUUUUAUUUAUACCCUCAGGCGCAGCAAAGAAGCUCAAAACAGUAAUGUUCUUGUUUACCUUAUACACUGAAAUACUUCUCAUGGUUGUUGUUACCCACUUAUGUGGCUGCUGUGCAAUGUUUACAGACUACCCUAUGGUCAGCAUGUGUAUUUCUUUAUCAAGGAACCAUAAGUAAUAUACAGCAAUAGUGUAACACAUAAGCCUUUUAUUUAUUUUGUUUCAGCAAAUUCUCAAAGUAUAGGAGAGAAUACCAAAGCCACUUAUCUGAGUAAGAAUGAUGUGAUUUCACAAGGCUGUUUGUCCAAGACUUGGUACACAGUAGAUCAGUGGACUGUAACUUCAGAAGUAAAUUUCCAAAAUAUCAUCUAAAACUAGAGCAAUUAACUUGUGUCCCUGCAGAACAACAAUGUAAGGAAUUCAUGACACCAACUGUUAACAUUCAAAUAUUUGUGGUUUGACUUUUCCACUGAGGAGAUUCCAGUGCUUAACCAGGGCUGUUGCUCUUAACUUCAUUUAUUCUGUUUUUCUGUAACGUCUCACAGUACAGAGACAAUUUAACCACACAAGUAAACAACCUUUACCUCAGUAUCCCAGCAAAUAGUUGCUCUAAUAUCGCUACCUUAGUUUGUUCACAUUGGUAUUGGCUGAUGUUGUCCUUGUUCAACAUAGCAGUAUCACUACAAUAAGUUCAUUUUGUCAAAUAUUGGGUAUCAGCCAUAACAGAAAUAUUAAAAUCAGGUAUGGAUAUUAGCUUAAGAUGUUUCCUAUUAAAGCAUCCCCGUUUAAGAGCACCUAAUACAUCUGCACUAAGAGCUCCAAAGAGCAGGAGUUAUUAACAGCUGUUAAUGAACAUUUUGUUAAAACUGAAAGAACAUAUGAGACGAACAAUGCCAAAGAACUGAAUUAGAAAUAAGGUUUAUGGAUUCAGUCCACUGAACUACUUAAAAUUGCUCAAUGGUUGAUCUUGAAAUAAGUUGCAGUAAAAAGUCGGCUUUUGUUAUCUUUUUGCUAAUCUAGAAUGUUGUGUUUGUGCAUUUUUAUUUAUUUAUUUUUUUUUUUGCGUUUUGCCUUAAAUCUGACUUAGAACCUGAAACAAUCUUCAGCGUUUUCCACACAGUGCUCAGGACUUUUUAACUGGCUGCUGGUCCUCCUUGAUCCUGCGCUUUGCUCCUAAUAGCAGUAUACUGAAGCCGAGUCGUUUAUUCUGCAUUAGGAUGAGAAUGGGGGAAAACACAAAAACUAGAUCUCACUGGUAAAUCGAGGACCAGUUAAACACUGCCACCAGUUUGGUGGGAAAAGACCCGACAGAAACAGCAACAACUGCCAAAUGUAGAUACUGUUUUUUAUCUCUUCUAACAUUUUGAAAAUAAAAUGCUUCAAAGGACUUCACACUUGAAUAAUAGAAGCAUCUUGAUCCUACCUUCAGGAACCACUAAUCUGGACCAUUGAACAUAAAAAAAACGACCGUUUAGAAGCAAAAUGUACAAAAAAUAAUAAAUUGAGGGAGAGCUUCAGACUGUCGCCUGAUUGUUUUCUGUAAUUAUUGCCAUUUCAUAUUAUUUUACGUUCUUUCUUGUAAAAUAAAUAACUGCAACACAUUGUUUUCAUUCCAAACUAAUGCUCUGCUGGAUGGAAGUAGAUAUACCAGUCAUGCAUUUGUUUUCCAUUUAUAUAAUAUACAGUCUUAUGUUUAAUCAAGGCAAACUAAAAGAAGAAAAUGUCAAAGGCAAUAUGGCAACGAUAAGCAACAGGAAAAUGGCAACUAUGACCUCAUCAUGGGAAAAGAGGAGAGAAAUAAAGAUGUGACCUAAAGAGAACAUAACCAUGAUUAUUUUAAGUAUAAACAAAGACAAUAGAGUAAACACUAAAAAAAAUAUUUUUAGACCAGAUAAAAACAGUAGUUAAUAGACAAGGUAGAGUCAAAAUGUCAUAACUGAUGUGUACUGAAUGGGUUUAUCUGCAUAUGACCAUGGAAUAACAUGGUCAUCACAGAAUGAGUUGAAAUUAUGAUAAUUUGUCUUCCAUGUCGUCGAUUUUAAAGGCACUGUGAUGUUUUAACAGGCAUGAAAUAAAUCAGUGUUUUGAAGCUGUGAAAUAAGAGGUCUUUCAAUAUUCUUUAAUAGGCUUACCUUCUAUUAAAGUCAUGAAAGCACAGAGGUAAAGGAAGACACUGAGAGCUGAAGCCAACACACCUUCAUUACGUGUGGUCAAAUCUAAUCCAUUAGCAACUGCUGCACUGCAUGGUACUGACACACAGACAGAGAGUUUUGCUUUCUGAAAGACAGAACCUUUUAAAUAUAUACACAUAGCUGUAGUAAUUGCGUGCUAAACCAUAUGUGUAUGUCUCAGCAAUAAGGAGGCUUGUGCACUGAUGAUAAAAAGAAUGCACACGCUUAUGCUUUAGUCUCUAGAAGUGCUUUAGCUUGUAAAAACUACACUCAGCCGCUACACCUGCCUGCUUUGCCUUCUCUAUUUAAGUUUAAGCUUUUUUUAUGAAUGUAAUUUACAAUGUUUUUCUUUUUUAUUUGAUUUAAUACUCUUUUAGGGGAAAAAAGUUUGUGUUGGAUGUUAUUGUUAAGAGCUUAGGAAAAAAAAGCAUAUUUGUUGGCAUCUUUGAUGCUAAAACAGUUGUGUUUUUUUUAACAAGUAUCACUAUAUGUGUGCAAGGCUUUACACAAGACCCCUGAACUGACCUGUAAAGUAUGUUAUUGAUGUGACAGAAAUAAAGACAUUUAUCAUGACUCAA